AUGCUUCUCCGCUUAUCACUCUGUGUCGGAGCACUGUUCACCCUAGUGACAGCAAAUGGAUCGAUCCCGAAUGUCACCAUUACCAACUCUUCCUCGUCGAUCUACCAACUAAGCAGUGACCCUGAGUUUGCUUUCGUGCUGGAGACCUUUCUCUCUCUCAGCAAUGGCGGCGGUGCUGCUACGGGCGAGGUCCUUCGCGCAGCCUCCCAGAUCAAGCCGGGCGACAUGGAAAGCUUCUAUAAGGAGUUCAAGUUCCUGGCAGACCAAAUCGCCGACCAGGCUACGUCAGUGAACGCCACCAGGUUUCCCGUCUCGGCUCGUGAGGCGCAUUUCCGUGCGUCGACCUACUAUCGCGCAGCGGACUUCUUCCUGCACGGAAAUGCUUCCGAUCCCCGCAUUCAAACUCUCUGGUCUUCCGUGCUGGACCACUAUGACACCGCAGUGAAGCUGCUGCCUGAGCCGCCGCAGCAGGUAGAGCUCGACGGGGGCCGGUUCAAGAUUCCCGUGUAUUUCUAUUCGGCCCCGAAGUCAUCUCAGGCCAAUGUGACGAGCAUUAAAGGCAACCGACUUCCCACUAUCCUGGUCGGCUCUGGGUUCGAUGCAGCUCAGCAAGACUCCUACCAUCAGAUUGGCAAGGAGGUCCUCGCACGCGGGUGGAACUUCGUCACCUACGAGGGGCCCGGACAGCCCACAGUACGACGUGACUCUAACAUUGGCUUCAUCCCCGACUGGUGGAGUGCGGUCACUCCCGUCGUUGACUGGUUAAGAACUCGUGAUGACGUGGACGCAGACCGGAUCGCGUUGGCAGGCGUUUCGUUCGGUGGCCAGUUAGCCCCUUUGGCAGCCACCCGUGAACACCGUCUUGCUGCUGUCCUUGCAAUCGAUGGAAUGCUUGAUCUUCAGGAGUCAACUUUGCAGAAAUUCCCACAGCAGGUGCGUCAACUGUAUCGGAGUGGAAAUGCGACCGCCUUUGAUGCGGUGAUCUGGGAGGCAUACAAGAAACUAAGCAACACACAACUGAAAUGGGGCCUUGAUCAGGGACUAUGGUCCUUCAAUACAACUAGCCCUUUCGAAUGGAUCACCAAAAUGGGCGAAAUGGCUCUCAACCAGUCGAUGCUGGAUAAAAUCACCUGUCCGGUGUUUGUUGCAUCGGGCGAGGACGACGGUCUCGCCCCCGGUCAGCCGGAAAGGAUGGCGCGGAUGCUUGGAGACAAGGCUCAUUAUCAUCUUUUCAAAACCAAUGUCGGUGCGGGAGAGCAUUGUGCCAUUGGGGCUGAGCCUCAGCUAGCACUGGCUACUCUGAACUGGUUGGACGAGGUGUUUGAGAACCAGACUUCGCGUUCCUAUUAA